UCGCUAGAACACUGUUAGAGCACGAACCGAGCAGAGCAAGCUAGCGAACUAUAAAAGGUUUGGUAGCGGCUUAUACGGAAUCUCCUCGGCGUUAACCAUCGUCAAAUACCCGAAGAAUUGUCAGAGGAGAAUGGAGAUCAUUUUGUGUAGAGAACACUUCUCGCGAUAAUAACUGUUCCUUUUUUGUCUCGAGUGAACUAUUGAUCAACAUUGAACUUGGCAAGUUCCAGAUCCUUCAACUUACGAUAUUCUCACUGCUCUAAUGGACGUUAAAACAGAAUCUCCUGCUCGAUUAACAGGAAACAGUAAGACGGCACCAGAGUGCGCUGGUUGUCAGAAAGUUAUUCGAGAGAGAUACCUACUAAAGGCUCUGGACCAGUUCUGGCACGAGGACUGUCUCAAGUGUACCUGUUGUGACUGUAGACUUGGAGAGGUGGGCUCAACUCUCUUCACCAAGGCCAAUCUCAUCCUCUGUAAGAGAGAUUAUCUCAGGUUAUUUGGAACAACAGGGUUAUGUUCAGCUUGUAACAAAACCAUCCCAGCCUUCGAGAUGGUGAUGAGAGCCAGAGGAAACGUGUAUCAUCUGGAGUGUUUCGCUUGUCAGCAGUGUAACCACAGAUUUUGUGUUGGUGACAAGUUUUAUCUGUUUGAGAACAAGAUACUGUGCGAAUAUGACUACGAGGAAAGAAUGCUAUUUGCUAGUUUUCCCUACAAUUACAACAACCUAUCACAGAUCAAGAAACAAGCACGUGGCCUCCAGACCGGUCCCAGAGAUGAUGGGUCAAGCGGAUACGGGAGCGGUGAUUCGCCUUACGAUGGCCGUGCAUAGCUACAUAAUGGGCUAUUAUCUGCACUCUGUCCAAUGCGGGGGAUUCGAACCCCAAAGCACCCGAAGGACAAAAAAAAACUUUUUUCUUAUAGUUUUUCCUGUGAUACAUUUCGAAUUUGAUCUUGAGAUAUAGUCUGUUUGUUUUGCGACACAGUUUGGUAUAUAUAUAUAUUUUUAAGUAGAUCAACAAGUUUCAUUUCAUUCUGUAAGAAUCUGGUAUGAAAAGAAAAUAAAUAAAAAGAGAUUCCAGACGA